CGUUUCCAUUUGUUUGGUCAUCUGCUCAAAUUGAUUUUCUUGUAUCUCUGUACCCUUAUCCUUGUAUUUUUCUUGUUCAAGUUUCUGCUUGUGAAUUGCGCCAAUGCCUGCCUUUCUCCUCAUAUUUCAAUCUUACGAAGUCACUCUUAUCAAGCAUGUCGCUUUAAAUACGGCCCAAGUACAACGCUAGAUGUCAUUCGGCUAAACAUAUCAAAAUUUAAAGAUGGCGUCCGCAAUGGAAAUCGACGACGAAGAGAGUGAUUUGCCUACUUCGAGUAGCGGUAAAGGAGAAAAAAAGCGUUUCGAAGUGAAGAAGUGGAAUGCCGUGGCACUUUGGGCUUGGGACAUCGUCGUGGACAAUUGUGCCAUUUGCCGGAAUCAUAUAAUGGAUUUAUGUAUAGAAUGUCAGGCUAAUCAAGCCUCUGCUACCAGCGACGAAUGUACCGUAGCCUGGGGUGUAUGCAAUCAUGCGUUCCAUUUCCAUUGCAUCUCUCGGUGGUUGAAGACCCGACAGGUUUGCCCUCUUGAUAAUCGCGAAUGGGAAUUUCAAAAAUACGGUCAUUAACCAGGUGUGUACCACAGCGACUAAUGUCAUAACUUAUGGGAAUUCGAAAAGCGACACAAGAUAUCAUAUAAGACGCGUGGAUAUGAAAAACAACUCUCGUAAUAAUAUAAUAAAGGUAAUAUCAAUGGAAAGAGAAAAAGUAAUGAUGAUUAAAUUUGAUGAUAACGCAUUGUCGAAAUAAGAGGAUACGAAUAGGAUCUUUAAUUUGAUAUUUUAUGUUAUAUGAUAUAAAGUAUAAUUGUAAGCUUUGGAAUAAAUAAGAAUCUAUGAAAUAGAA